UCUUAUGUGACAUUGAUGGAGGAGGGAGGGAAACAGUGUGGUUAACACUUAACACUACCAAAGGAGAUAGUACUUAGGCCAGGAAAAAAGUGAAUAGAAUAGAGCUACAUGAGAUCAUCUUUUUUAUUGCUCUUUAUUUUGUGUGAGUAAUAGAAUCAUGUAACUAGAGGUCAUUAAAAGUCAUCCACAACAAGUUAUCCUUGCCUUUAACUCCAAAUUUUUAUUACAGUAAUUUGUUAAUUUUUCAAAUUAGAUUAAUUCCCUUUCAGAACAAAACUGUAUAUAAACACUCAUCAUUUUUAUUAUAUAUGGUGAUUCUUUAUAUAGCAUUUCACUACCUUAUUACUUGCAAAAAUGAUAUCUCCACAGUCAGCUUUUAAAAUCAGUACUAUUUUAGUUUAUUGUGCAUAGUUAGUUUAUAAUGUCCUGUAUGUAUAUUUUUAUCUUAAAAAGCUAUGCAGUGAUCACAUGGGAAGUCUUAACCAGAAAACAGCCUUUUGAAGAAGUCACCAAUCCUUUGCAGAUCAUGUAUAGUGUAUCACAAGGACAUCGACCUAACACUAACGAAGAAAGUUUGCCACUUGAUAUACCUCAUCGAGCACUUAUGAUCUCUCUAAUAGAAAGUGGAUGGGCGCAAAAUCCAGAUGAAAGACCAUCUUUCUUAAAAUGCUUAAUAGAACUUGAACCAGUUCUGAGGACAUUUGAAGAGAUAACUUUUCUUGAAGCUGUUAUUCAGCUAAAGAAAACAAAG